CCCGUAUUUCCUUCCAGUGCAACUGUACUGACCUUGUACUGAUUCGAGUAGCACUACACAGAGAACUUCAUCCAGGCCAUCUUCGACUCCAUCGAGCCGAAGGGUAUGACCCUCGUCGUCGGUGGCGAUGGCCGUUUCUUCAGUCCCGAGACGGCGCAGUUGAUCCUCAAGAUCGGCGCUGCGAAUGGCGUCGCGAAGUUCAUCAUCGGAAAGGACGUCAUCCUGUCCACGCCCGCAGCCUCGAAUGCCAUCCGGAAGUACAAGGCGAAUGGUGGCAUCCUGCUCACCGCAUCCCAUAACCCGGGAGGCCCGAACAACGACUUCGGUAUCAAGUACAACGUCUCGAAUGGUGGGCCCGCGCCGGAGAACGUGACGAACAAGAUCUACGAGAAGAGCAAGACCAUCUCGUCCUACAAGCUCCUUGAGCUCCCGCCCGCCGAUCUGAGCAAGAUUGGCACGUCCAAAUACGGCCCGGCCGAAGUGCAGGUGCUCGACUCCGUCAAGGACUACCUCGAGAUGCUGCAGGAGAUCUUUGACUUCCCGCUCAUCAAGAGCUUCCUCGUCGAGAAGGCAGACACCUUCAGCGUGCUCUUCGACGGUCUGCAUGGUGUCACCGGCCCGUACGGCCGAGCGAUCUUCGUGGACACGCUCGGGCUGCCCUCGUCGUCCGUGCAGAACGACGUGCCUCUGCCGGACUUUGGCGGCGGACACCCCGACCCGAACCUGACCUACGCACACGACCUCGUGGAGCGGGUUGAGCGCGACAACAUCGCCUUCGGCGCCGCUAGCGAUGGUGAUGGUGACCGGAAUAUGAUCUAUGGAAAGGGCGCGUUUGUCACGCCGAGUGACAGUGUCGCAAUCAUCGCCGACUGGGCUGCGGAGGCGAUCCCUUACUUCAAGAGUGGCGUCAAGGGUCUUGCGCGUAGUAUGCCAACGAGUGCGCAGAUCGACUACGUUGCGAAGAAGAAGGGCCUCGAGUGCCAUGUCGUACCGACUGGCUGGAAGUUCUUCGGGAAUCUCAUGGAUGCUGGUCGUCUCUCCAUUUGUGGUGAGGAGUCAUUCGGUACCGGCUCGGACCACAUUCGGGAGAAGGACGGGGUGUGGGCUGUUGUCGCAUGGCUCAACAUCCUCGCGUACGCGAACAAGCAGUCACCGAAUGAGUUGAUCGGCAUCAACGAGUUGCUGCAGAAGCACUACGACGUGUAUGGCCGUUCGUUCUUUUCGCGGUACGACUAUGAGGAAGUCUCGUCCGACGGCGCGCAGAAGAUCGUCGACAAGCUCAACGCACACAUCGCAAAGGGCGACCUCGCGGGCACGACGCACGCGUCUGCGUCGACGGGUCAGAAGUUCGUCGUCAAGGACGCGUACAACUUCGACUACACGGACCCGAUCGACCACAGCGUGUCGAAGAACCAGGGCCAGGUCGUCCGCUUCGAGGACGGCAGUCGUGUCGUGUUCCGGCUCAGCGGCACGGGCAGCCAGGGCGCUACGGUGCGGAUGUAUGUCGAGCGCUACGUCGCGGCGGACAAGGGCAAAGCGGAGCUCAGCAAGCCGACGAAGGAGGGUCUGCAGGGCUUGAUCGAGGUUGCGCUGGAGCUGAGCAGCCUUAAGGAGUUCUUGCAGCGCGAUGAGCCGACUGUCAUCACGUAAAACCGGACAGUGGCAGUAGUUUGGAUUUACCUUCGGAAGGGAAAGAAUACAUAAUGUAGCAAUAUCUUUGCAGGCCGGCAGCAACACCAAAUGGGCAUAGACUGAUU